ACCGGAAGUGCGCCGGAUGACUUCCGGCGGUUGGCGUCCCAAGAACCGGAAGUGCCUGGGAUGGCGACUAAGCGGCUGGCGCGGCAGCUUGGAUUAAUUCGAAGAAAGUCAAAUGCAGCAGCAAAUGAGAAUCUAGGCAGAAGCAAAUCCAAGCAAUUUUAUGAUUAUAUAAUUGUCAUUGAUUUUGAAUCUACAUGCUGGAACAAUGGGAAGCACCACCGUAACCAGGAAAUAAUUGAAUUUCCAGCAGUAUUGCUGAAUACUUCAACUGGAGAGAUCGAAUCUGAAUUCCAUGCUUAUGUUCAGCCUCAAGAACAUCCAAUUCUUUCUGAAUUUUGCAUGGAACUGACGGGCAUAAAGCAAGCUCAAGUUGAUGAAGGAGUCCCUCUGAAGAUUUGCUUAUCUCAGUUCUGUAAAUGGAUUCAUAAUAUUCAGCAACAGAAGAAGUUUGUUUUUACUACUGGAAUUUCAGAACCUUCUACUUCUGAAGUAAAAUUGUGUGCAUUUGUUACUUGGUCAGACUGGGACUUGGGUGUUUGCCUGGAGUAUGAAUGUAAAAGAAAACAGCUGUUAAAACCUCUGUUUUUAAACUCUUGGAUUGAUCUUAGAGCAACUUACAAGCUUUUCUAUAGAAGAAAACCAAAAGGACUAAGUGGUGCCUUGCACGAAGUGGGAAUAGAAUUCUCAGGAAGAGAACAUUCUGGGUUGGAUGAUUCACGGAAUACUGCUCUUCUUGCUUGGAAAAUGAUCAGGGAUGGCUGCCUAAUGAAAAUUACAAAGUCUUUGAACAAGGUUCCCAAUGAGUAUCCCAAUAUGUUGGCCAGAAAUUUGAAUACAGAUCAAGUUGGAGAAACAUCCCCCUGCAACGUCAGCAUCCAGAGUCCCGGAACAUAUAACAAGGCGUCUAAAAAUUCAGUAAGUGCUCAAGAAAAAGUUCAAAUGAAUUCUGUUUGUAUCAGUUCCCUUAUGAGUGUACAGCAGCAUCAGUUACUAGCGGAAAACUGUAUAAAAGCCAAUCUUCGCAGUGUGAAAAGUUGCUUGUCAGUUUUUAUUACUAAGUCCUCUAUGUUUCAGUCUCACAGCUUGAAUUCACCUAUCUAUGUGCAGAAGCAAAGAAAAAAUGAACAUCUUGCAUAUAAUACCAAAUCUAAGUCUUCAACACACAGUUCAGAAUUGGUACUUGUUUCUACCGCUAUUCCGUCUGCUAAUCAUGUUUCUGAUAUGGAAGUAAGUUCUACAGUUGACUGCUUACCUCUGUUGGCUGAUUGGGAAGAUGUAGUUUUACUGCCAGCAUCUCAGCCUGAGUAAAAUACAGAUUGUAUACCUCCUAUUAGUGACACAGAUUUAGAUAUUUCAUUUAAUUCUGGAGAAAGAUUGGUUUUAAAAGAAUCAAAUAUUCCAACUUCUGAAAAACUGGAGGACAUCAAGGAAACUCCUAAAAAAUUUGAGACCUCUAAGUCUUCUGUAUAUAAGAGUUCUCACCCUACUGUUUAUAAUGUAAAAGAAGCCAAACAUCCAGUUUCAGAUGCCUCUACCUUUAAAUUACCUGAAUGCAAAUCACAUGCCUUCAACAGUGUUAAUGCCGAUGCAUCUCAUUAUUCAGCUUUGGAAAAACACCCUCUUUUAGGUGGUAGUAAAAGAAAUUCAUCUAAUUUUCCAGCUUUCCCACCAGCAAAAAAACAGAGCUUCAUUAUUCAUGAAGAAAAGCCUAUAACACUUGAUUGCUCCCCAGUAAGAAGUUCUUCCCAAAAGGCUCUCCCCUCUGUAUUAACAGCUAUGGUUAAUCUACAAGAGCCUUGGAAGAGUGGAAAAAUGACACCUCCUUUAUGUAAAUGUGGUCGAAGAUCUAAGAGACUUGUUGUUUCUAAUAAUGGACCAAACCAUGGAAAAGUCUUCUAUUGUUGCCCUAUUGGGAAAUACCAUGAAAACAGAAAACGUUGUGAUUAUUUUAAGUGGGAAAAAACACUUCAAAAAGAAAGAAUCAGUAGUAUAGUCCUAUCUCACUCUACAGAGGGUCUCACUUUGAAUUCUUCAAAACCAAGCUAUAUUCAUGACAAUUUAAGUUUUUCUGCUAAAUAUUCUUUGAGACUCAGGCCUUCCAUGAGGAAUUGAUAAACUUUCUUUAAAAUAUGUUUUUAUAUUCAAUACAUCUUUUUAAAAUUUUUUUAGUAUUGAGGCUCAAACCC